AUGAAACCUAAUACAGAAAGCAGUGGAGACUUCACGCCGGUUGUAACUGCAACAUGUAAAAGUGGAGUUAUGUCAAUUAGAAUCAACUUUAGCCUGCCCUUCAGUGGAGUAACACAUGCUCGAGAAUACAGAAAUCCAGCUUGCAUGGCGAUGGGCAAUGGGAGUGAAACUGUGGGUUUCGAUAUUAAUCUCAACGCAGUCAAAGGCUCGCCUGACUAUUGUGGAGUUUUCUGGAAUAACCGAACAGACGAGCGCUCCUUACCACUAGCAGUACGCGUUCACAGGACAUUGGAGCUCGCUGACGACAAAUUCUAUGUCAUCACGUGUGGCAAGGCCGGCUUUAGAAACGCAAGAAACGAAACCUCAUUGGUAUCAUUACGAUUGCUAAAUUCAGAGGGUAGGAAAGUAUUGAAUGCGGCUUAUGGUCUGCCUUACACACUCCGAGCUGAGAUGAGCAAACCUGACGGAACACACGGCAUUCGCAUGAGAAAUUGUUUUGUUUUCAACAUGCGUAAUAACACCGUGGAUCUUCUAGACAGGAGAGGAUGUCCUGCAAAAGAACAAACCCUGAUCGUUAGGUCUGACACGACCACCGCUGAAAUAGCAAUACCACAAAUGUUCAGGUUCUCUGACUCCUCACAAAUCAACUUCCAGUGUGAUAUAGGAAUUUGUAAAGGCGCCUGUGCAACGAUAGAUUGUUCCAUCGAUGGCCCAGAACCAAACGACGAGGAAGGUUCAGUCACAGCCUCAACCGGAGCUUUUGUCCUAGAUCCAAACGAUAGUGCAGUUGCAGCUCUAGCUUGCGUCGAUGAAGGCGUCCAUCCACUGUGGCUUCUGUACUUGGCAAUCGCUCUGGGAGUCAUGUUCCUGGUGAUGCUGCUCGUCAACUGUUUCCUCUGCACUGCCAUGACGUGCUCCUGCGCUAGGACUGAUGUUAUAGAAAAGGAUCCGUCGGUAGUCGAAGAUUAUGACCCUUACCGCAGCUGGCAUGGAAGUCAAUAUGGAAGUCGCUAUCCAUCUUCCACCAUACACUCAGCGAGAUCGGUAUCUGAUAACAGCGAUCACUACGCAAUAGUACAGUCAAGACCCGGCAGUCGACACUCAGGAAUGCAUCGAAGUCGACAUUGA